CCGUAUCGAUCGCAAUGUACGAAACGAUUCUUUGCGUUUCACUUCUGAACUGCAUAAAAGAUUGGAUCCAGAUCAUAUGAUAAAUUCAUCAAAAACGACUGACGGUGUUUAACUUUCAUACAAAUCAUGCUGGGCGAGAAUUUUACCGGUGCGACCAAAGUGUCGUCGCUUGCGACUUCUCUCUUUAAUGAAUCAUUGAGUGACUACAUUGACUAUCACAAGCCGGACCCAAUUGCUCGACGGCAACUAGAAUCGUGGAAAAUGAGCUGGUCAGAGGAUACUAACGAUAGUAGGAAGAGCAAUGACAAUGCAAACGACAAGAAGAAGCAUCUCGAUUGGAAACCCACGAAUGCUAUCGAGGGGAAGCUUGAGAUUUGUGGUGAAUAUGUUGCCGCUACGAUAAAAAUGGAGUGUUUCUGGACCGAUUGGAAUCCGGCAGUAAAUGACGACAAAAUAGAGGACGGCAGGCUCUGCUUCUCGUGCAAAUUGAUCUCCGGCCGGUUGAUAGACAAGAAAGACGGCGAAGAAAGAACCGAGCGGAAAGUUCGCAAAAAGAUGCUCACUAGGCUACGAGGGGACUCAUACAUUUCAAAGAUGCUCGCAAUGACCGAAGGAGGGAAGUCUGAUACCAAAGAUAUUCAAACGCAUCAUCAACUCUGUCUAGCCCAAGCUAGUAUUUAUGUGAACGCUACAAAGUUCGAAAUGGAGGAACGUGUGGAUGUGUCUGAAUCCGUGGCAGAGACGCUUCGGAGGUCGCUGUGGCCAUCCAUCCACUCGUCUCUGGAUGUGGUGGAAGUUAUUUUGGCCCUUCCGUCUUUGCCGUGCCGCACUCCUGGCAGCAAAACGAGGGCUACAACUCGGUUAGCCAAUCGUGCAAAGUUACGGAUGCUGGAAGAUGCCAUGCUGGAUGAAUGCGAAAAAGAGGGAGACGAUCAAAUAAUUGAAGACUUGAACAUCUCAAAUGAACAAGCGUCUUCAAAAGAAGACAUUAUAGAGCACGAAAGUGCUGACUCUUCGUCACGCAAGAAGAAAAAAUCUAAGAGAUAGUGCGAGAGAUUAUCAAAGCAUUGGAUUUCUAAAAUGAGUAGCAUUGCUGCUGCUGCUAGAAUUUUGAUACGAAGUAUUUCACCGGUAACUCCCAUUGGCGGUUGCUUACUGUUUGUAAUAACACAUAUAUUUGGUC